GACGGCCAUAUUUGCCGGGUGCCGUUGCUGUAAACAAAAAGUGAGAGACAGACGCUUCACCGAAUUUCGGGUCAAAUUUAUUUCUUUAAUUUACAAUGUCUCUGGGAAUGUCUUACAAACCCAAUGUCCACCAGCACAUUCCAGGAACUUCCGGGAACCAGGGUAAGGGAAAAAUAUCGGUUAAAAUCCAACCAUCCAUCCGUUAAAUCGAGUGUUAAAAUCAGGGUUUCGGAGAAUACCUGCAGAAAGACUGUCUGUAGUUUUUGUCCAGUUACAUAUAUAGGGUCAGAUCCUGAGAGCUAGGCUAAUUCAUAUCCGCCAUUAUUACUAAUGUAAAAAAGCUCCAUCCUCAACUGCAUCGGCUAAACAAGGGCAGAGGUGCGGAAUUCCAUAUGUUCCGAAAAAUAAUCCCCGUUGUUCUGUGUCCUAUUCCAUCCUGGAGGGUAUCGUUACGUUGUGACAAAAAAAUGUAUCACUUUGGCUUCUUAAGUCAGCCCUUUUCCGCUUCCUCCAUGAUAUUCUCUCGCGGAGCUGUUGAUUGAUCUGCCAGGGUAUUCUUUUAUGACCCUUCGAGGACAUCUAGUGUUUGACGACGCUUAUUGCAUUGGAAAAAACAUGCCCACUACAACUGUGGGCAUUGUUGGCAAUGUGAACAUGCAAUAUCUAGAAUGUAGAAUUUGUACUAACUUAUUUUCAUCCUCUUUUAUACUAUCUGCUUAACUGUAAUAUCAUAUUUGACCCUAGAUAUGUUUGUAUUUGUCUCCUAACAGUUGGAAACAUCCAGGGAAACAUCCAGUCUCCGUCAGCAGCCAACUUGGCCACUUUGCAGUCCUACAGGCCGCUGGUGAAUGACGUUUACGCACCACCCUCCUUGGGCUUCUCACAGGUACAGGAAUUCACAAAACGAUAGACAGAAAGAAUGACAGACGGACACCCACAUUGCGUCUGCUACUUCUACAAUGCAGGAAAAAAAUUGACAUGUUAUUAGAAAUGCAUUGUUAAAUCAUAUGUAUCUCCUUUGGUAAAGUGUCUCUUUCCUGUCCCUGUGUGUGCAGGGAUCCAGCGGCAGCCAGGUGCCCCAGAGUAAGUAUUCAGAGCUGCUGGCCAUCAUUGAGGAGCUCGGAAAGGAGAUCCGGCCCACCUACGCCGGCAGCAAGAGCGCCAUGGAAAGACUAAAACGAGGUAAUGUGGAAACCUCUGUAGUAAUACAAUACUUCUAUUGUGUGUUGAAACGAACUCCAUAUUCUAGACUAGACUACACAAUAGUCCUCUUCCUAACUUGGUUAGAGAGUUAUCAGUCAGUGAAUGACAGUUCAUUUUGGUGUGUCCUCUUCCCCAAAGGUAUCAUCCAUGCCAGGGGACUGGUGCGGGAGUGCUUGGCAGAGACUGAGAGAAAUGCCAGGUCCUAGCUACAGAAGCAUUACCCUCUCCUGCAGAAGAACCAACACCCUCUCUCACUCACUCACCAUGUAAAAGACUGUUGCAUGGCACAUCCUCUAAAAAGAGGAAUAAAAAAAAACCAAGGGAUGGUUAAAAAGGUCAAGAAAAUGUUUCUGACAGGUUAAGAUUUGAGAAAGGGAGGGAGAGGGGACACCAGAAUACAAUUCAGAAUUAGAAGGAUUUGGUUUUUCUUCAUGCCCCAUUUUGGGGUCAUAGUUUCCGGUCUUCAUAUUUAUAACAAAUAGUGAUUUUAGCAUGCAAACGUACGGGUCCACCAUGGCCUUUGGUUAAUUGUAGACAUUGCAUGGCUUGUACAGGGUUAGACUAGGAGAUUCUCUUUUUGAUAGACGUUGGUCUGAAUUCCAGACCCUUUUAACACACAUGGGUGAGCAAGUGAAGGACAGAAAAGUGCCAAAUACAUUGGUUCAUUCAUGUUGAGGUUCUUUUUUGAUAUUAAUGAUGAAAAUGCUCUUGUGUAACGGAGUUAAGAACAUACCGUAAACUCACUCCACAGCUAGCUGGAAAUGUCGCCGAUGGAGCCAUCCAAGGGGUACCUUUUGUAUGGCUCAAUAGGUUUGCACGUUUACAAGGAGGGCAGUCAGGUGCGUUUGCGAAGCAGAGGAUCACUGGUU